AUAUCCCAGAACAGCUGAUAGGCUGCAGGUCACGUGACUUUGUGGGCAGUCAAGAUGGCUGAGCCAGUGUUUUCAACAAAUCAUGAUGUUAGAAAUGGGUCGAGGAGGGGCGUGAUGAAUAGAAGUAUGUCAAAAUCUAUAGACAAAGAAGAUAUCUACACCCUGAAGGAUGAGUUACAAAACAUCCAGAAUGUGAUACGGUUGAAAAAGGAGAAUGUAGAUGCGCUGAACGCCAAGUUCGCCGGCUUCCAGCACCCGCCCAAUAUGUACCUGGAUGAGUACAACGAGCUGACGCACAAGCUGCACGAGUUCGAGGCGCGCCGGCAGGAGCUGCAGGAGGCGAUCGCUCGCGGCGCCAGCACCAACGGGGGCCUGGACGGCGCAGGGGCCGGCGGCGAGACCGUCGAGCGGCCGGUGCCUCACGUCUCCUCUGGAGUCAGCGUAGGCAGCUGCGGCUCACCGGCGCCCGUGCCGCCGUCACCUCUAAAGGCCUUCAUCAGGGCGCACCUGCCCAACCAGCAGCGCACCAGCGUCACCGUCCGGUACGGCGUCACCGUGCGAGAGGCCCUUUCCAAGGCGAUGAGCCUGCGCAAACUCACCCCGGAGACCUGCGUGGUAUAUCAGUGCUCCAAACCCCAGAUCCGGAUACCAUGGGACGCGGACAUUACGUCACUGGACGUGGACGAGAUCCGUGUGGAAGUGAUCCACAUGACCCCAGUCACCACCAGUAUAUCGCACAACUUUGUGCGCAAGACGUUUUUCCCGCUGGUGUUCUGCAGCUUCUGUCGGCGGGUGCUGUUCACGGGCUUUGUGUGUCGCACGUGCGACUACAAGUUCCACUCUAACUGCUCGGAGAAGCUGCCGCCGCUCUGUCAGUCGGUGGUUAACGUCAACGUCACCAACUACCAGCACUUGUUGGCCAACAACUCUGCCGGCAUCCUGUUGGCGCCGUCAUACCUGCGCGGAGGUCGGCAGGGCGACCCACGCCUGCCAGGAGCGGCGCCUCUGGCGGCCCGGGAGCGCAGCACCUCAGCACCCAACGUCAGCAACCACGUGGACCCGGCGGCGCUGGGCAUGGACCAGCUUCGGCGGGCCUACCCCGGUGUAGCGGCGGCGGUGGCGGCGGCGCCGGCGGCCGGCGGCGACUCACCGGACGGCUGGGGCCAUCUGCUGGCCGGGCUCCUCACCACACCACGACCUCUGCGGCGCUUCCGGCCCGGGCACGCCGCCACGCCCAAUACGACCGCCACGCCGGCCACGGCAGCCACGCCGGGCCGGCGCCGCAAGUACGCCACUCUGGAGAGACCGUCGCGACGCACGGCCAAAACGGCGGCGGCGCGACUGGCGGCGAUCGCCGGUCCUGGCGCGGCGCUGGUGCCUCCCGGCUCUCAGGCACACUCGUCGCCCUCCUCCUCGCCGACCAAGCUGUCCCACUCACACUCAGCCCACGGUUCGCCGACCUCCAUCCACCGCGGCACCCGGCCGCGCGCCCGCUCCGCAGACGAAUCCAGCAACAAGAAACUCGACAAGAGUCGCGUGCGAGAGUCGUUCGACGACUGGGAGAUCUCCUGGGAGGAGAUCCUCAUGGGCAACAAGAUCGGGUCGGGAUCGUUCGGGACGGUCUAUAAGGCGCACUGGCACGGCCCUGUGGCAGUGAAAAUACUGAACGUGAACGACCCCAGUCCGGCGCAGCUGGCGGCCUUCAACAAUGAGGUGGCCGCCCUCCGAAAGACCAGACACGUGAACAUCCUGCUGUUUAUGGGCUGCGUGCGGCGGCCAAACCUGGCCAUCGUCACCCAGUGGUGCGAGGACUUCAGCCUCUACAAGCACAUCCACGUCUUCGAGACCAACUGGGACCUCGGGCAGAAGCUGGACUUUGCACGGCAAACCGCCUGUGGCAUCGAGUACCUCCAUUCGCGUGACAUCAUUCACCGGGACCUCAAGUCGAACAACAUUUUCCUGCACAACGACUACACGGUGAAGAUUGGCGACUUCGGCCUGGCCACGGUGAAGACACGGUGGUCGGGCAACCAGCAGGCCCAGCAACCGACCGGGAGCAUCCUCUGGAUGGCGCCCGAGAUAAUCCGUAUGAAGCAGGAGAACCCGUACUCGUUCCAGAGCGACGUCUACGCCUUCGGUAUCGUGCUGUACGAGCUGUUUGCCUUCCAGCUGCCGUACACGCACAUCAACAACAAGGACCAGAUUCUCUUUAUGGUGGGCAUGGGAUUCCUGAAGCCCGAUCUCUCCAACCUGACCGAGUGUCCAAAGCUGAUGAAGAAACUCAUCACAGAGUGUAUCAGCUUCAAGGCCGAUCUCCGUCCGCUCUUCAGACAGAUCGAGGACCGGAUCGACUCGAUCCUGCAGAACAUUCCCAAGAUCGCGCGCUCCCAGUCGGACUCGUACCUGCCCAUAAUGAGCCGUCAGUACGAGACCGACGAGUACUCGCUGUACCCGCCCUACGCGUGCCCGUCGCCGCGCACGCCCGGCCACGGCGGACUGGCCGCGUUCGCCUUCCACCACGCCGGCUAGUCUCGCCCGGCCGGCCCGCCCUGGCGCCCCUCUGCCCGCCGCCCCGCCCGCUCGCCCUCUGCCCGAUCCCCGCCCACCCUCCGCCCCGUCCCGUCCCGGUCCCUCUCCCCCAUCCGCGAGCACCAAGAUGGCAGGUGCUGCUGUUCGUUUGUACAGUGGUUCUCAAACUUGCAGUCGCUGACGGCAUUCGUUUGGUCAGUGGAUGGUGCUUGUGAUUUAGGUACCCCUCUCCCCAAAGUGUGGGAUUGGCAUGUGAUUUCCUAGAGGGUGGUAUAGCCAUGCCUUAUACUUCGUGUCUGUUUCUGUUGUCACUUGCAUUUUGAGUCAUUAAGUCUGAGCUGAAGUUGAUCAUGAUUUUAGCAAUAAGUGAUUUCGUCGUAAUGGUCUGUUUUGAUUGGCUUUAUGAUGCCCAAUCUCAAUCAAUUUCGCAAGCCAGGAGCUGAUUUACAUACGAUGUCUCGAUUUUAUUAUGGAACCCUCUCUAGCCAUCGUUAGGUGGUUGUCUUUUGUCCGCCAGAAAGAUGCUGAUGCCUAGAAGCAUUUCGAUUUAUUGAAAAAGUCGUGCAAAGUAGAGGACCUUGCCUCCCACCCUCCCCCAUUCCACCUGCUUUGUUGAGUAGGUACUAGUUUACCGCUGAUAUCAUAAAUCGAUUCCAAACCACUUCGGCCUACAGGGUGCUCUGCGAAUUCAUCCUAGUUCCAACACCCGGCUGGGACGUGUUGUAGAAACUGUGGCUUCCCGCGGCGCGGCGCUCUACUGCCGGAGCCGUCCGCGCUCCCCAGACUCCGUCUUCCUGUCACCGCUGCUCCUGUGGGUACCGUCCAUGCGCGACCUAUUCCGGGCUGAUCUCCCCUUCUCCCCGGCAUUUCUACCCUGCUGCCGCCGACACGUCCUGCGCCCGGCGCCCCUCCUGCCCCUCCCCUCCCCCGCCCAUCGGCGGCGGCGGCGGCGCGCGCGGCCCGCCGGCCCCCUGCUCCCCCGACGUACAUGUGAUACAGCGAGCGGGCAGGCGGGUGCCAGCCGUUCAAUCUUCUCUAGUCGGCGUCACGCGGUCUCCCAACGGUUGUGUUACGAAAGCUGCACUCAUACGCGAUUCUGUUGCACGCAUUGUCAUCGUCAUUAUGUUCUGUUGAUGGUUUGAUGGCGCAGCUGCGACCUCCCGGCUUGUGCGCGUAUGUCUGUAUAUAGUACGAGCGAGACGAGGUAAGAAUAUGUGACAUCAUGACUGAAAUAAAUCCGAUAUUUGAACGAAA